CUGGCAUAUCUCUUCUCAGUGUGCCCCCAGGGACGUCUUCUUCUCUCCUUUUGUUCAGCGUCUCAGUGCUCGAGGGACGGUUUGCCGUCUUUGUUUCUUCGUUCUCGUUGUAGAUCAUCCUUAGCGAAGAUGAGGGAAAUCCUGCACAUUCAGGGAGGGCAGUGUGGGAACCAGAUCGGAGCGAAGUUCUGGGAGGUAGUGUGCGAGGAGCAUGGUAUCGACCCCACUGGGACGUAUCAGGGUACGUCUGAUCUGCAGCUGGAGCGCAUCAAUGUGUAUUACAAUGAGGCCAGCGGUGGUCGCUACGUGCCUCGAGCGGUAUUGAUGGAUUUGGAGCCUGGGACUAUGGACAGCGUGCGGUCUGGUCCUUACGGACAGAUCUUCCGCCCCGAUAACUUUGUGUUUGGCCAGACUGGUGCUGGAAACAACUGGGCGAAAGGGCAUUACACUGAGGGAGCUGAGUUAAUCGACUCCGUUCUGGACGUCGUGCGCAAGGAGGCCGAAAGCUGUGACUGCCUGCAAGGUUUCCAGGUGUGCCACAGUUUAGGAGGUGGAACUGGUUCUGGAAUGGGAACCCUCCUCAUCUCUAAGAUCAGAGAAGAGUAUCCCGACCGGAUGAUGCUUACCUUCUCAGUGUUCCCGUCUCCUAAGGUGUCGGAUACCGUGGUUGAGCCAUACAAUGCCACCCUGUCGGUACAUCAGUUAGUAGAAAAUGCUGAUGAGUGCAUGGUGCUGGACAACGAGGCUCUGUACGACAUUUGCUUUAGGACACUGAAGCUCAUUACUCCCUCCUUUGGAGAUUUGAACCACUUGAUCUCUGCGACGAUGAGCGGCAUUACGUGCUGCCUGCGUUUCCCCGGACAGCUCAACUCUGACCUGAGAAAGUUGGCGGUGAACUUGAUCCCAUUUCCUCGUCUGCAUUUUUUCAUGGUGGGAUUUGCACCGCUGACGUCUAGGGGGUCCCAGCAGUACAGGUCGCUGACGGUUCCGGAGCUGACGCAGCAAAUGUGGGACGCAAAGAACAUGAUGUGCGCGGCGGAUCCGCGGCACGGGAGGUACCUGACGGCGUCCGCGAUGUUCCGGGGGAAGAUGUCGACUAAGGAGGUAGACGAGCAGAUGAUCAACGUGCAAAACAAGAACUCGUCAUACUUCGUGGAGUGGAUUCCCAACAAUGUUAAGUCGUCGGUGUGCGACAUUCCACCUACCGGACUGAAGAUGUCGUCGACGUUCAUCGGGAACUCGACGUCGAUCCAGGAGAUGUUCAGGCGAGUGAGCGAGCAGUUCACGGCGAUGUUCAGGAGGAAGGCGUUUUUGCAUUGGUACACGGGGGAGGGGAUGGACGAGAUGGAGUUCACGGAGGCGGAGAGCAACAUGAACGAUUUGGUGUCGGAGUAUCAGCAGUACCAGGACGCGAGCGCUGAGGAGGAGGGAGAGUAUGAGGAUGAUCCGGAAGAGGCCUAAUUGUGACCUCUCCUCUCGUUAUCAUUACGUAGCACGCUACGAACAGGACAUUCUGUUUCAGCGUCUAGGGUCUUUCAUUCAGCAUUUAGAACCAAAUCAUUGUAUAGAUUUCACCCAGCAUACCAAGUAGCUAUUGAUUUGUUGUGAGUUCAGCAUGCUGCUGUCUGAUCCGAAGAUUAUUUGUAAUUGACUGUUAUAUUUGAGCAUUUCUGUUCAAUCA